GAUAUCAGCUAUGGGGAUAUCUCAGCACUGGAGAUCAAAAAAUCAUGUGCUUCUUUCUCUGUUCAUAACCAAGAUUUUAUUGCUUCUGAUAAUCCCAGCAGCUGGUGCGACCUCAAUAACCUUCAACUAUGAGAAAUUUCUUGACACGGCUAAUCAGAGCUUGAACCUUGAAGGAGAUGUCUUUCAGGAAAAUGGGAUGCUCAACCUCACCAGAUACAAGAAAGAUAGUGCAGGGAGAGUAACGUAUAGCAAGUUGUUGCAGCUUUGGGACAAUGAAACAAGAACACUUGCAAACUUCACUACUCGUUUCAGCUUCAUCAUCAAUGCACUAAACAAAACUCGUGAUGGGAUUGGAGAUGGCAUCACAUUCUUCUUGGCACACCCAGAUUUUCCACUUCCAGUGCCAGAUGGCACUGGUAUUGGUCUUGUGGGUCGUAGAGAGAUGAAAGAUCCAAAUUACCCCAACGAACAUCCAUUUGUAGCAGUAGAGUUUGACACCUUUCCCAACGUGGAUGAGGGUGAUCCACCUUAUGAUCACGUUGGAAUCAAUGUAAAACAAAUGUGGACUCCUUACACAACACAAUGGUACACCAAGAAUGAUGGUAGAAAGUAUGAUGCUGAGAUUUCCUACAAUUCUAGCUCAUACCAAUUAACUGUCAAUUUUGCUGGAUUUAAGGAUAAUGCCUCAAUUCAACAAGACUAUUCCCAUAAGAUUGACUUGAGAGAGUACCUGCCAGAACAAGUUCAGUUUGGUUUCUCUUCAUCCACAGGAUUACAAUUUGAGUUGCAUACACUAAGUUCAUGGUCCUUUAAUGCAAAUGCUGCAAUAUUGGGAGUAGUGAACAAGGGUAAAAGCAACAAGCAGGGAUUGAUCAUUGGAUUGAGCAUUGGAUCAGUUGUAGUGAUUGCAGGGUUAUGCAUAGCUUGGUUUCUGAUAUGGAAGUUUAAUUGCAGGGCAAAGAAAAAUCAUGAUGGCUUGGAUCUUUCCCUGGACGAAGAUUUUGAAAGCGUUGGACCGAAGAAAUUUUCUUAUAAUGAGCUCGUAAGAGCAACAGACCACUUUGCAGAGGAACACAAACUUGGAGAAGGAGGCUUUGGUGGGGUCUACAAAGGAUUUUUGAGAGGCUUAAAUACUUAUGUAGCAAUUAAGAAGGUGUCCCAAGAAUCUAAACAAGGAGUAAAGGAGUAUGCCUCUGAAGUAAAGAUCAUUAGUCAACUAAGGCACAGGAAUUUGGUGCAACUGAUGGGUUGGUGCCAUGAGAAGAAUGAUUUUCUACUCAUUUAUGAGUUCAUGCCAAAUGGAAGCUUAGAUUACCAUUUAUUUCAAAGCAGAAACCUCUUGACAGGGCCAACUAGAUAUAAUAUUGCUCAAGGCCUAGCCGCUGCUAUACUCUACCUGCAUGAAGAGUGGCAGCAAUGUGUAGUCCACAGAGACAUAAAAUCGAGCAAUAUCAUGUUGGAUUCAAAUUUCAAUACUAAACUUGGAGAUUUUGGGCUAGCGAGGAUCGUGGAACAUGGGAAAGGGUUAACAACAACUAUUGCAGCAGGAACAAAAGGAUACAUGGCUCCUGAAUGUUUGGCCAUGGGUAAGGCAACAAAAGAGUCUGACAUGUACAGUUUUGGUGUUGUUGCUUUGGAAUUAGCUUGUGGGAGAAAACCGAUUGACCCAAAUGCUAGUGAUGAACAGUUCAUGAUGGUGGAAUGGGUAUGGGAACUCUAUGGAAGAGGUGAGCUUCUUGAAGCAAUUGACAAAAGGCUUGAUAAUGGAGAUUUUGAUGAGCAAGAACUUGAAAGGUUAAUGAUUCUUGGGCUAUGGUGUGCUCAUCCAGAUUACACUAUGAGGCCUACAAUUAGACAAGCUCUUCAUGUACUUAACUUUGAAGCUCCAUUGCCCACUCUCCCACCAGUAAUGCCAAAACCAGUCUAUGUUGCUCCAACUUUUUCAGAUAUUGGUUCUUCAAAUUUUUCAUCUGGUUAUGCUAGUUCUGCUGCAACCAAUCAAGCUAGGCCUUCACCUAGUAAUAGAUCAUACACUGGAUCCUCACAAUCAUCCACAUCAGGCACCCAUCAAGGAAGAAGAAAAGCCAAGGAAGUUUCUCUUUAGUAAGAAGUUUCUACCUAACCUUCUAGAAAGCUAUAUUCAAGUGAGAGUUCUGUUUUAUGUUAUUUAGUUAUGUGAGCUUCUUCCCCUGUAAUACAAUAAUUUUAAUUUUUCAGCAACCAAACUAUUACCAAUUUACUUGUAAUAAUAAAAAAAAAACAUACGAUCUUAUAAAGAAGCGUUCCUAUAA